AUGCUUAAUCGAGAUUAUGUAAAUGGAUUAGUACAUAAUGAUGAUGCCUUUGCAUUCUUGAGAUUUGAUCGAUCUUCACCAGCAUUCUGGGAACUAAAAAAGAAAGAACUUAUGGCUAUGAAUAGGCAAUUAGAAUGUGCAACAAUGUUUUUAACAUUAUCAGCUGCUGAAACACAGUGGUCAGAACUUCUUGUCAUAUUGACUAAAGUGUUAGAAAAUAAAGUAAUAACAUUAGAAGAAGCACAAAAUUUGAGCUAUGAGAAGAGAUGCGAAUUGAUAAGACAAGAUCCGGUAACAUGUGUUCGCUAUUUUGAGCAUAAAUUAAAAUGUUUAUGGGAAAUAUUAUCAGCUCCUCGUGGUCCAUUUCAAGGAUAUGAAUUAGUAGACAAAGAUGUCAGAACUGAAUUUCAAGUUCGUGGUUCACCACAUGUUCAUGCUUUAUUAUGGUUAAAGAAUGCUCCAAAAUAUGACAAAAAUAAUCCUGAAUCAAUUGAAAGAUGUGUAGAAUUUAUUGAUAAAUUGAUUUCAGUUAGUUAUCAGCCAACGGAAUGUUCUGAAGAACUUAUCAGUUUACAACGUCAUAAGCACUCACAUACUUGUAAACAACAUGUAAACGGUUGUAUAAUAUGUCGUUUUGGUAUUCCAUAUUUUCCGAUGAGUAAAACGAUGAUAUUAGAACCGUUUAGUGAUGAUGAAAAGCUCUCUAAAAAAGAACGUGAAGAGAUAAAGUUUUUGAAAAAAAAUAAUAUGAAUGAAGAGCAGUAUAUUAAAAUGAUUCGAGCUGGAUUAAAAAAGGCGAAAGUAUUCUUAAAACGUGCUCCAAAUGAGAUCCGAAUCAAUGCAUACAAUCCAAUGAUAAUGUCAUUGCACAGAGCAAAUAUGGACAUUCAAUAUAUUCUUGAUCCUUAUACAUGCUUAAAGUACUGUGUUGAAUACAUCAACAAAUCUGAAAAUGGAAUAUCUAAGCUUCUAAGGGAAGUAUUGAACGAGUUAAAAAAAGGCAAUCACACAGUCACAGAACGUCUAAGAGUUAUUGCAAAUAAGUUUUUGAAUUCAAGUGAAAUUUCAGCACAAGAAGCUGUUUAUCAUAUUUUAAGUAUUCCACUUUCCGUCAGUAGCAGGAGUACUGUAUUUAUUAAUACAAAUAGACCCGAAAAUAGAAUUUCCAUGCUAAAAUCAGAUGAAAUUCUUCACGAACUGGAGCCUGAUUCAAAACAUGUUUUUGUUGAAGGUUUAAUUGACAUGUACAUUAAUAGACCAGACGAAAUGAAAGAUGUUUGUUUGGCUGAUUUUGCUGCUUUGUAUAAUGUGUCAAAGAGAAAAGUAGAUAAUGCUCCAAUUGCAGAAAAUUGUGAUAAUGAAGAUGCUACUGAAAAUGAAAAUGACGAAAAAAUUACUGCUUUCAAGAUGAAAAAUGGAAAAGAGACAUUUGAAUUACAUAAAGAUUUAAUUCAACAGAAAAGAUCUAAAUAUGUUCAUCGUGAAGCCAGUGAAUUUGAGACAGCUUUUGAAGAACAUAUGGAAAGCGAAGAUGAGAAUGAUAUUGACGAUAGAAAUAUUGAAUAUGAUCAAGAUAAAAAUGAAUUCCUCAUUUAUGAAAUAGGAAAUAAUGCAGGCGAUAUCUUUGUUGAAAUGGGACUAAAGACCCAAACUGAAAAAGUAGAGCAUUUUAAUGUUCCCAAAGUAAUACCAGAUACUGAAUAUCAACAAAUGAUGAGAAGUCUCAAUAAUAAUCAAAGAACACUCUAA